UAUGGGACUGCCCCACACGUCCUGGCCCCUCUGCUCAGGUAACUCGUCACUCGCUCUCGCGCACACAACCGGCCGAUUGAUUUCUUCCCCAAACUCGUGUGCACAUUUCGAUCCACAUUAACUACAUUGAUCCCCCCCAGAACCGUCACCAUGGCUGAAGAGGUGGAAAACAAGGAGAUUGACUACUCCCUUAACAACCCCGAUACCCUCACCAAAUACAAGACUGCUGCCGCCAUUUCGCAGCGUGUCCUCGAGGCUGUCACAGGAUGGUGCGUUGAAGGUGAAACCAUUGUGAGUGUCUGCCAGCGCGGAGACAAGCUGCUGGACGAGGAGAUCGCCAAGGUCUACAAGGGAAAGAAAAUUGCAAAGGGUAUUUCUCACCCGACCACGGUUUCUCCAAGCUCCUAUGUUACGCCCUACACUCCCCUGGCUUCUGAUGCGGAGGAGGCUGCGGUUACAUUGAAGGCUGGAGACGCCAUUAAGAUCCAGCUUGGUGCUCAGAUUGACGGUUUUGGUACGAUUGUCUGCGACACCAUCAUCAUUCCAUCCAAGAGCAACCAGGGCGACAAGCAUCCUGAGCAGGAGGCUAACCUGCUCCUCGCCUGCCACUACGCCAAUGAGGUCCUUUUGAGACUGAUCGUUCCCCCUGGCCUUCUGGCUAGCGGAACCGAGGAAGAGAAGAAGAAGGCUGCGGCCCAGAAACCCGUUUCUCAAUCACAGAUCACCAACAUUCUGCAGAAGGUGGUUGAGAGCUUCGGCUGCAACCUGGUCGAAAGCACAACCUGUUGGCAAUUCGAGCGCAACGAGAUUGAGGGACAGAAGAAGAUCGUGCUUGCACCCGGUGAGGGCGUCAAGGGAGAGGGUUCCCCUGACGUUGGCGAGGUCUGGGGUAUCGAAAUGGGAGUCAGCCUUGGCUCCGGCAAGGUCAAGACCCUCAACAACCGUGCCACUUUGCACCGUCGUACGACCACUACCUAUGGCCUCAAGCGCCCCAGUUCCCGGUCUACUCUCUCCGAAAUCGUCAAGAAGUUUGGAACUUUCCCCUUCAGCCUUCGGCAGCUUGAUGAUGAAAGAGCCGCCAAGGUUGGUGUCGUUGAAUGCGUGCGUACCGGUGUCGUCCGCCAGUACGAAGUCGUUGGCGACAAAGAUGGCGCCGACGUCGCUCGUGUCUUCUCCACUGUUGCCCUUACCAAGAAUGGCAUCACCCGCCUUACUGGACCCCCGACGCCAAACUUGGAGGCAUUCAAGACCGACAAGAAGAUUACGGAUGAGGAGGUCCUGAAGAUUCUUGAGCAGCCGAUUGCCCGUAACACUGGCAACAAGAGCAAGAACAAGAAGAAGAAGCCCGCCAAGAAGGCCGGCGAGGAGGAAGGCAAGACGGAAGCGUAAACAGCAUUUUGAUUGAUCUCUGUCAAUACCUCGGCAGUUUUACUUCUCAGGGGCCGCUUUUCUGGCAAUCACUCAAAAUCACGAGCCUGUCGGCCUAAAAAGUCGAAUUUGCAAUGGUGGUAGAAGAUUAGAUACGCCAUUCAGCAUGCAAAAUGGAAAAACAAGAAAGAGAAGUGCUGGAGCCAAGAAUUUUUAAAGAUAGAUCCUUUUCAGCGUGUUUGAUAUUCGUUGAUAGGUUAGGGUCGUCCUCCUCCACGCUUAGUCAUAGGAAAUCAAUAUUGGAGAGCGCCAAAAAUUAUUACCACGCA